AUGUCGGAUCCGUUGUCGUUCGCAAGUUCGAUCGUAGGGUCCCUCUCACUUGGGGUCCAAGUGACGGACUCCUUGAAGACCUUUUACUCCGUAAACCGGAGCAGAGACCCCAAUCUUGCAAAGCUCGUGCUAGAAUUUGCGGAUAUCCGGGACGUCCUUCGAUCCUUCCAAGAGUCAGUUGAAGUCCAGGAUACUAGUAGCCUAUUUGGAGCCUACACAGAAGAGCUAUACCGAGAAGGUAUCGACAAUAUCACACCAAGGUGGCAGACACUCAUCGAGGAGCUUCACCUAGAAUGUCAGCAAAUCGAUUUGGACUCAAUCACCGAAUCAAAGGAUCGUAUUCAAUUAUCUGGAAAUUCCGUUGCCUAUGCAUUCCGCGAAAGCACACUGGAGAAGAUUGAAAACAUGGUUGGCGAGCUACGCGAACUCAUCUUAUCAGUGCUUGAUGUCCUACAGGUCAAAAAUGACUCCCGGAUGGAGGCCCAACUGUCGAAUUUCAAAUCAUUUCUCGAGCGAACAAACUCGAGUCAGGUUUCUUCAGUGAUUCGGACCUGGCUUAUGGCCCCUGACGCAUCUAUCGACCACAACGCGGUAUAUGCAAAGCAUCAGCCUCAAACUGGUCUAUGGUUUACUGGCGGAAAUCAUUUCGCGAAGUGGCUAGUGCAGCGCAAUUCUUUUCUUUGGCUUAAUGGCUUCCCAGGGUCUGGAAAAUCAGUGCUUUGCUCAACAGCAAUCCAACACACCUUCCUUAGGAGAAAAGACAGAGAUCGAGUAGGCUUCUCAUUCUUUUAUUUCAAUUUUAACGACAAGUCGAAGCAAGAUGAUCAUAGCAUGCUACGCGCAUUACUAUUACAGUUGUCAGGCCAGAUUCAAGAUGGUGAACAGGUUCUAGAGCAAUUGUAUAAAUCGCACAACCCCGGUAACCCCACUGUGGAAGCUUUACUCAACAGUCUGUUCAAUCUCCUGAGCCAAUUCCGUGAUAGCUAUAUUCUUCUCGAUGGAUUAGACGAAAGCCCCCGAGAUGACAAGAGAAAGGGUGUUCUAAGGGCAAUACAGGUUAUAAGGCAGUGGUACUUGCCCAGUGUCCAUCUUUUGGUUACUUGUCGGGACGAGCUAGAUAUCCGCAGAUCUCUAGACCCUUCGCCUGACCAAGACCUGUCCAUAGCACAUUCAGAUAUGAACAGGGACAUAGAAGUCUUCGUCUCCCAUCAGCUCGAAAAUAACCCGAAGUCCCAGUGGUUCAAAGAGCGACAUGGCGAGAUCCAGACGAAACUGACGGCCAACGCACGAGGAAUGUUUAUACAUGCCAAAUUGCAACUGAGGGAAAUUUCAAGAGCGAUGACCCGGAAUCAGCUUGACAAAUGCCUGUACUCUUUGCCUUGUGGUCUGGAUGAGACCUAUGCCCGAAUAUUGUGUGGUAUUGACGAGAAAGACGUUCAAGAUGUGCGAAAGGUAUUGAGUUUGCUUUGCUUUGCCGCCGGACAUCUCACUUCAAAUGAGCUGAUUGAUGCCUUUCUUGGCCCUGAUCAACUGUCACAACUUGACAACGAGGGUCGCUCAUCCUAUCUAGAUGAUAUUGUUGAAAUGUGCGGUGGACUCGUGGUGGUGUCGAUGACUGAAGAUGACGACGGACAUCCGAGAUCUGUUGUUCACAUGGCGCAUUUUUCUGUACAGGAUUAUCUUCAAUCAGACCGUAUUCUCCAAGGAGAAACAGCAAGGUUUGCAAUUCCAAAGAAUGAUGCGAUGAUGUCUGAGAUAGUCUAUGAAGCGAGUCAUAAAAUCGUGACUAGUACUCCAUCUCAUAUACACUUGAAAGACCCAGAAAAGGACUCGGGUUAUGCAUCAGAAUCACGCCCUACAACAAUGACGGUGUCCUCGGAGGCAGUUCUUCAAGAUGAGACCGACUCGCACGCUGUAGUCAACACUGAUGAGUCCAAACAUUCAUACAAUGAGGACAUUGAGUCACUCGCAUCCGACAAUGAUGACAUUGACUCACAAGCAUCUGAUGAAACAACAAACGAAGGAAUGACGGGCAAAGCUCUUAUUAGGAUGUUUCUGACCGAGGAGCCCAAUUUCAGACUACUGUGUGAGAAAGCAAUGGCCGAUAUGGACACACAACGCUUCGUGGAGAACAUGCGACGAUUACUGAAGUCAUUUCACAAAAACCUCUCCGCAGAGGCUGAUGCUGAGGUAGAAAAGACCGUCGCCAGAUUAUUACGCAGCAGGCGAGGAAGGAAUCGGAUGAGCCAACAGAUUGCCACUCAUAUCCAAGAAGAGCGGGAAGAUAUUCCGGAGAGCAAUAGAGCCGACCUCCAAAUUCCACUGGAAAACAAAAAUCGUAUCGAAAGAUGGCUGGGACACGAGUAUACGGAAUUGGAUGACCAAGCUCCAGACUCUGACUCUGACGAUGAUAUCGAGAUAGAUGAGUUUCCUCACAUCUCUGAGCUGAAGGCCUUCCUACGAAAGGCUGUAUCGUUUCAGGUUCUUUUGAAGGAGUUCAUGCUCCUUUUUUUCCCAACUGAGCUGAGAAAUGUGCUCCUGUCUAUUCCUAAAGAGGAUAUCUGGGUAUCUCAGGAGCAAGAUCUUUCUUUGACGAAUAGAUUCAAAACCUGGGUGGAAGGCAAGACUCACGUGAGAUGGAAUUGGUGGCCUCUAGAAUCAGGGAAGAGAAUGCUACUGAACGGUGAAUCGCGAAUUUUUUGGUAUUGUACGUGCGGUGCGCGGCAGUGGGAAGAAAUAUCUAUCGAGCAAUCUGAGCUAAUAUACACCGACGAGGAUCUUCACGUCCGCAUCAACCCCCCCGGCAUGGAUCACGGCCUCGUGGUGACGGCCAAUCUAGCGCGACUACUCCGAAUCAAUCUCAUCAAGGAAGCACCAUCGCGAUCCGGGGAGCUCAGAUAG